AUGUCGCUUAUGGUCGUCAGUAUGGCAUGUGUUGGGUUCUUCUUGCUGCAGGCGGCCUGGCCACAUGAGGGUGGUGAGGUCAAGCCCUUGCUGUCUGCCUCGCCCAGCACUGUGGUGCCUCCAGGACAUGUGACUCUUUGGUGUCAUUCUUAUCUUGGGUUUAACAACUUCAGUCUGUACAAGGAAGACGGGGUGCCUGUCCCUGAGCUCUACAACUGAAUAUUCUGGAACAGCCUUUUAAUGGGCCCUGUGACCCCAGCACACGCAGGGACCUACAGAUGUUGGGGUUCACACCCACACUCCCCCACUGUGUGGUCUGCACCCAGCAACCCCCUGGUGAUCAUGGUCACAGGAGUCCACAGAAAACCUUCCCUCCUGGCCCUCCCAGGUCCCCUGGUGAAAUCAGAAGAGACAGUCAUCCUGCAAUGUUGGUCAAAUGUCAUGUUUGAGCACUUCCUUCUGCACAGAGAGGGGAAGUUUGAGGGCACUUUGAACCUCACUGGAGAGCUCCAUGAUGGGGUCUCCAAGGCCAACUUCUCCAUCGGUCCCAUGAGGCACGACCUUGCAGGGACCUACAGAUGCUACGGUUCUGUUACUCACUCCCCCUAUGAGUGGUCAGCUCCCAGUGACCCUCUGGACAUCGUGAUCACAGGUCUAUAUGGGAAACCUUCUCUCUCAGCCCAGCCGGGCCCCACGGUUCAGGCAGGAGAGAAUGUGACCUUGUCCUGCAGCUCCAGGAGCUCCUAUGACGUGUACCAUCUAUCCAGAGAGGAGGGGGGCCAUGAACGUAGGCUCUCUGCAGUGCCCAAGGUCAACGGAACAUUCCAGGCAGACUUUCCUCUGGGCCCUGCCACUCACGGAGAGGCCUACAAAUGCUUCGGCUCUUUCCGUGACUCUCCCUACGAGUGGUCAGACCCAAGUGACCCACUGCUUAUUUCUGUCACAGGAAACCCUUCAAACAGUUGGCCUUCACCCACUGAACCAAGCUCCAAAACCAGUAUCGCCAGACACCUGCAUACUGUGAUUAGGAACUCAGUGGCCAUCAUCCUCUUCGCCAUCCUCCUCUUCCUUCUCCUUCAUCACUGCUGCUCCAGAAAAAAAGAUGCUGCUGUAAUGGACCAAGAGCCUGCGGGGGACAGAACAGUGAACAGGGAGGACUCUGAUGAUCAAGACCCUCCGGAGGUGACAUACGCACAGUUGGAUCACUGCGUUUUCACACAGAGAAAAAUCACUCGCCCUUCUCCGAGGCCCAAGACACCCCCAACAGAUACCAGCGUGUACACGGAACUUCCAGAUGCUGAGCCCAGAUCCAAAGUUGUCUCCUGCCCACGACAGCACAGUCAGGCCUUGAGGGGCCCCUCUAGGGAGACAACAGCCCUGUCUCAAACCCGGCUUGCCAGCUCCCAUGUACCAGCAGCUGGAAUCUGA